AUGAAUUGGUUAGGUAAGAAAAAUAAUCAAAGAAAUCGUGCCCGAACAGCUCCAGCUUCGCGUCCUUUAUUUCUUUCGUCACCGUUUAUCGAUGCUUCUUUGGUUGAAGGAAGUUUUAAAAAAAUUGUUGUAUUGCCUAAAUAUGUAGAUGAAGACGAAUGGUUAGCUGUAAACGUAUUUGAAUUCUUUAAUUAUCUUAACAUGUUUUAUGGAACAGUUACCGAUUUCUGCACGCCAUUAAACUGCCCUACUAUGAGUACAGGUUCUGGGUUUGAACCUUAUACAUGGACAGAUCAAACUCAAAAAAAAAAUAAGUUACCAGCUCCAACAUACAUAGAUUAUGUAAUGACUUGGGUUCAAAAUCUUAUCAAUGAUGAAAAUGUUUUCCCAACAAAAGCUGGACGUGAUUUCCCUAAAGAUUUUCAACAAAUUGUCAGAACGAUAUUCAAACAAUGUUUUAGAGUUUUCGCUCACAUUUAUUAUCAACACUAUGAACAAAUAUUACAUUUACGUGAAGAAAAACAUUUUAAUUCUUUAUUUGCACAUUUUAUUUCUUUCGCUAAAGAAUUUAAUUUGUUACCUGAUAAAAAGGAAUUGGCUCCUUUGGAAGAAUUAAUUACACAUAUGGAAAAUAAUGGGAGAAUUAGUUAA